CCUAGUCCUACCUUAUCCACACCUGCUGUCCUCUCAGUUUUCCGUAUAGCAGAGCACAGUGUGUGUUGUUUCCUGUAGAUUGUGCUUUCAAGUCGACAUCACCCUGGGUUCCAGACUUGACUGUGUCAUUUGAAGUAGUCGCCACUGCGCCAUGUCUGUGCUCAAAGUCCUGUGCUGUCUGCUGUUAGCGUGUCACAUCACAGAGGGGAGAAAAGCUAAAGCAAAUAAAACAGAUGUGGCACCCCCGGACAAGAGGGGCACCCUGAAGGUGAAAGAGCCUUAUGUCAGCAGUUCAGUCUUCGGGCUAUUUGUGGAGGGGGAGGACACCUGCACGCUGGACCCUCUGCAGCUGCACAGCCUGUCCUCCUGUGGCUUCAACACCACUAAUCCCCUCAUCAUCAUCACUCACGGGUGGUCGGUGGAUGGCAUAAUGGAGAGCUGGGUGCACAGAUUAGCAUCUAUUCUGAAGACUCAUCUAACGGACGUCAAUAUAGUGAUCACUGACUGGCUGUCCCUGGCUCAUCAGUACUACCCCACUGCAGCACAAAACACACGUACUGUUGGAAAAGACAUAGCUCAUCUGCUGUCCUCACUCAAGGAGCACUAUGGAUAUUCAUUUGGAAAGGCCCAUUUAAUUGGUUAUAGCCUUGGAGCGCACAUCUCUGGAUUUGCUGGAAGCUAUAUUAAAGGGCCGGAACAAAUUGGAAGAAUUACUGGUCUCGAUCCUGCCGGGCCAUUGUUUGAAGGGAUGUCACCAACAGAUAGACUGUCCCCUGAUGAUGCCCAGUUUGUUGAUGCCAUCCACACGUUCACACAUGAACGUUUAGGCCUCAGUGUGGGCAUCAAGCAGGCUGUGGCACAUUAUGACUUUUACCCCAAUGGAGGAGACUAUCAACCAGGAUGUGACCUGCAAAACAUUUAUGAUCACAUGGCCCAGUAUGGCAUUAUUGGUUUUCAACAAACAGUGAAAUGUGCCCACGAGCGUUCCGUGCAUCUAUUCAUUGACUCAGUUCUCAACAAGGACAAACAGAUCAUGGCCUACAGGUGCAGCGACGACAGAGCCUUCGACAAAGGCGUCUGCCUGGACUGCCGCAAGAACCGCUGCAACACACUGGGCUACAACAUCAAAAAGGUUCAUGUGGGGAAAAGCAAGAGGCUCUAUCUGAAAACACGCUCCAGGAUGCCCUACAAACUUUAUCAUUACCAGUUCAGGAUCCAGUUUGUCCAGUCCAUGGAGAACACCAAGCCUUCGCUCAGCAUCUCCCUCACUGGUACAAAAGACGAAAGUGGCGAGGUCUCCUUCGUCUUUACGGAGCAGGUUCGGGGGAAUAAGACCUACACCUUCCUGAUAACCUUGGACAGACAUUUGGGGGAUCUGAUGUUGCUUAAGUUCCACUGGGAAGGAUCAGCUCUAUGGAAGCAUGUGUGGAACAGGGUGCAAACCAUCAUACCUUGGGGCGGACACCAAAUCAUGCCUGUGUUGACUGUGGGAAAGAUUAGCGUCAAAGAUGGUGACACACAAAAACGGAUAUCUUUUUGUGCCAUGGCAAAUGAACAUCAUGUACAAAUGUCACAAGAAACAGUGUUUGUAAGAUGUCAACAAGACCCACCAAGGCAGCACAAGAGGAAACACAGCUAAGCAGACACUAUCCGUCCAUUCAAAAGACGGAUUCACCUUUCUUUGGGUUCCACUUGGCAUCUGGAUGAGGAUGGCCCUAGAAAAAUCAGAGACAAUGUGUCAUUUAAGGUUACAAAACUAGACUUUCAAGUGAUUAAAGUUUUUUUCAAAUUACA